CAUGUCAUCUGAUUUACACUUUACAACUUACAAAACAAUUUACCACUGGGUUUUUUUUUCUGAAAAAGUGCAUGGUUGAUUCUUGUGUCUAGACAGAAAAAAGUAUUUACAUAAAUAUUUGAUAUGUUAAAUGUACACAUAUAUCCAACAGAUAGGUGUAUUUUAUCUGACGAGGGAAGUAAGUGGAUUGAUGUUAGUGAUGUUACAUUCUUGGAGACUGCCUUUCUUAAAAGCAACAUACAGGGGAAAAAAGAGUAUUCUGAUCAUUCUUGUUAAACUGUAGAGUAAAAGUUGAUAUUUAUGGUCAGCCAGUUUUUUUCCAUCCUCAAAUUUGUUUCCAGCAAGAGGAAGCCACAGAGACUAUAGAGGCAGAAUAUGAACCCCCAGUUCACUUAGAACAGCAAGAAGAGAUGGCAGAAGAAAUACUAGAAGUGGAACCUGAGGUUAUAGCUGACACAUCAGAACAGCAAGAAGAGAUGGCAGAAGAAAUACUAGAAGUGGAACCUGAGGUUAUAGCUGACACAUCAGAACAGUGUGAGGACGUGCCACAACCCCCAGAGGAAGAAGAACUAUCUACACACUCAGAUGAGGAAUUGUCAGAAGUGGUACAAAAUGAGACAGAAGUGGCCGUCCAGGCAGAUGAGUGUGAACAGUUGCCUUCACCUCCAGAGGAAGAAGACCUGUCACCACAUUCAGAUCAGGAAUUACCAGAGCCACCAGCACCCGAGGCAGAGGUGCCUGUCCACGCAGAUGAGGUAUAUAAAUGUUGGUGGAUUUGAAAGAUG